AAUCACUCUUUGUAAACAGCUGUUCAAUAAGUUCCACAUGUUGCGAUAAAAUAAUCAUAUUUUAAAUACCACGAUAUUAUCAUUAACUUGUGUUCCUAUACAUGUGUAUUGAUUAAAACAUAAAUUGUCGCUCCAAAGGGUGUACUAUCACACAAAAGAUGAUGAGAGUUUAUAGGGACUAGAUAUAUAGCGCUGAUAGUGCACAAACAGUGGAUUACGGUAAAAAUAUGUGAACAAGACGACAAUUUACUACAAUGGCAAUUUCUAAGGACAAGAAAUUUUAGUGAAAUGCUAAAGCUACAAUAUUAACCAAAAUACAUGCCAAUUUUAGUGAGAAAUGAUUCAUAAAUAUAAAAACGCCGUUGCCGUUUUCAUAGGCUUCCAAACUAUAUUUACAUGGUUUUAUAUAUUUACCAUUCAGAGGGAUAUUUCAUCGGAUAGCGUUAAUUUCCAUUUUAAUAUGUCAAAUAAAAUGGAAUAUAAUGUUCUAGUACCUAAAAUGAAUAAUGUGAAACCAACUAACAUUCGUAAGCAGACGACACCGGAAAGUUUAAAUUUCAGUCACACGUCUAAUGGAGAUUGUAAUGAGAUUGAACUUCCGGUUGAAUUAUUACAAGUUGAUACAUGGAGUCCGAUUGACAAGGAUGGUGCUGUUUACGUUUUUGCUGCGUACAUUGUUGAACAAAAUGGUAGGGUUGAGGCAUUAGGAGCAAGUAUCAACCCUGCACCGGAAGUAUUUUGUCAGUAUUGGCACAUUGCAGACGACAAUAUAACGCUAAUCAUAAGUGUGCACACAGCUGUCGUUCGCUGGCUUCCUGAGAACCAUGGUCGCAAGUAUACCGGUGCAAUAUUUGAAUGUCCAGCUUCAGUAUUACACGUCCGUUAUGUUUCCUUAACAACGAGCAAAUGUGACAUACCUUUAAACUUACUUCAACUUACAAAUGCCAUAUUGCCAAAUAGAUAUCAGCGCAUAUUUACGGUUUGCUUAAAACCGUUACAUUUUAGUUAUAAUGAAAUCUUUGAAUUGAUUGAAUGGAUCGAACUAAACAAGAUUCUUGGUGCCGACAAGUUUGUUAUCUAUGUCUUUUCAAUUUCAAAUAAUACUGCUAAGGUGCUUGAUUACUACGUCAAACAAGGUAUUGUAGAAUUAGUCCGAUGGAAUUUACCAAUGAAAAGUUAUACAUGGCCAAAAACAAACGACCCGAUAGAAAUUCAUAGUAACGGAAUGGUUUUGUCGAUCCAAGAUUGUCUGAUGCGAAAUAAAGCACAUUCUGAAUUCAUUGUAAACAUUGACGUAGACGAGUUCAUUAUACCGCGUUCUGAGCACAAGAUCACGUGGCACGAUAUGAUGAAACAGCUGUCGUCUGUUUGUGAUACUUAUAUUUUCCGCAAUGUUUUCUUUCGAAAAGACUGGAACAGUACAUCCGAUUCCAUUGAUUUUCAUGGAAACGAUCUGGCAAAGAAAUACAAUCUGGUUACAUUACAAAAAAUAUUGCGUGAAAAACAAAUAUUUGAUGCUAAAAUUAGAUCUAAGUAUUUCACAAAGACUACAAAAACAGACAAAGUGUUAAUGGUACAUGAUGUGCAAGGUGGGAAGACACAAACUGUUCCUGUAACAAUUGGAAUGCUUCAUCAUUAUAGAAAUUGGGAAAAUCCAAAUAAACCAUUGACGCGAAUACGUGACGAUCUUAUAGUAACUAAAUAUGGAGACAAACUUAUAGAAAAUAUUCAGAUAACUUGGAGUAAACAAGGAAAUGUAAAAUCUGAUACCAAUAUGUGAUAUGUACUCAAUACGUUCUAAGUGAAGUUAUUUUACCUUCUGAUUCUGACGACAUCGAACACAUAUAGUUAUGUAAUGUCUUGAUUCUUAAGCUUUAACCAGCUAAAUUUCUGUAAUGAUAUUAAUGGAUUGCAGUUCUUUCAUAAACCAAAAGAGUUUUCCAGUCAAAGGCUAAGCAUUUUUGGUUCCAACAUAAGGGUAAUAUAAAUAGAUCGGAGUGUUCGCCCAAGAGUUGUGAUUGGAGAGGUCAUCAGACCUCUCCAUAGUGUUCAGACUGAUUGCUGGCGGCAUCCAUUUUUGCGUAUCUGAUUGCAGUGAAUGAAUCUCAUUUUAAGCGUAAAAUCAUUAGGAGCAGUCUACAAAAAUUGUUUUGCGCAUGCCCCGUUUCAAAAUACGGCUUAACUUAAACGAAAAAUUAACAUCCAAGUGAACAAAUCGGUACAUAGAAAAAUCGGAAAAUAUCAUUUACAUUACUUAACACUACGUGGAUGCUUCAUUCCGUUUAAAAAUCUUUUAAACUGUAUAAAUCGAUUACCGUAUUGUUUUUUUUAAUAACGUUUUACUAUUUCAUGUUCUGAUAAAUAGUUACAAUGAACAUUAUAGCUACAAUAUCACCAUGCACUAUAUACACCGCCUCCGUGGUCGAGGGGUUAGAGUCGAUUACUUUUAAUCCUGUUAAAAUCUCUGGCGUGGGUUCGAUCCCCGGGCGAUGUUUUUUUGUUAGUUUAGCGCGGAGGAAGGUUGUCUAGUACUGAUGUAACUCUCCAGGAACGAUGGUUAGGAAACUACCCGCCUAUAUGACUAAAAUACUGUUGGGAAAAGGUGUACAAUGAAACAAACAACAAAGAAACAUAUUAUACGACCGAGUGAACCUGUAUUGAACCGGUAUGUCUAAAUAACGCAAUUUUUUGGGGGAUUUUUUGGCGCAAAUGGCACAAAUUUUACCUCAAGUUUGAUUUUCUUCUAAUAUUGUGGUUGGAGGCAUGCAGCUUUAUAUACUGUUUAUUCCAAUAAACAGUAUAUAACAGUAUAACAGUAUAUAACAGUAUAUACUGUUAUUCCAAUCAAAUGAUAUCAACAUUUUUUAUGUAAAAUUGUUUGAUUAACAUACUUUAUACCCGUUUUGGAAAAUGUAGAGGAAAUGCUUCCUUAUAUUUAACAAAACAGUGACCGAAAAUUUGCUUAUUGAACUUUACAAGAAACUUUUAUUUUGAAAAUACUUUUAAUAUAUAUACAUGUAUAUAUACUUUUUCUACAAAGGGAACUGAAUUUAAAAUACAAAUGUAAAUGAUGUAUAUCAUUUAAUUUACAUUAAGUAAUUUUACAAUUUUUUUGUAGAAAAAAUAUCCCUAAUGCGCCAAGAAAAAAGUCCAUUUCUCCGGCAUAUAAUCUUUUAAAACAUUAAAAAAGAUGAAAUGUAAAACAAACUUUCAUUGCAAUAUAUAUAAUAAAUUCUAUUUUGUUUAAUAAUUGUAAUUUAUAACCAUUCAUUGUGUUUUUUAUGCCAUAUAAUAUCUCCAAAUAUUUUCGAAUUAAACAAAUCUUCCACAGCAGCAAAAAUACCUCUCGCAUGCUUCUUUUAAAAGAAGCAAACUUGUUUUAACUGUGGCGUAAGUCGAUAUAUAUCUUAUCGAGGGUGAACACGUGAGAUGUGAUAUUUAUUUAUUUGUAAUACUGCACGUUUGUAAUGUCGCUUUUCAUUGGGUAAUCGCGACGUUUAAAUACAUGUAGUUUUAUAUACACGACUGCUGCAAAUUUAUGAAGAAAACUCACCUUUUUUCUCUAAAAAAAAAGAUGCUAGCAGUAUUAUUAAUUCGUUAUAAAUAUUCCUGACAGGCUAUAUGGCCGUAUAAUUUGUUUGGAAAUAUAACCCGAGCCUUUUUAUAACUUAUAUUCUUCUAAAUAAAAAUCCAACACACAGUUUGCAUUUUAAUGUUAGUGGGCUGUCAUGUGACAUUAACCCUAUGACGUCACAAAAGGUUAUAUAGUUAAUUAAUCACGUGAGGUAUAAUUGCAUAGUGAAUUAAACUCUGGUUUAUAUGCAGUCACAGUAUGAUAAAAACGUGCAGCUUGACCAGAACUCAAACCUGUGACCUACAGAAUAAUGUACCGCGGAUGUAGCGAUUGAGCUAUCUGGCCGCUUACACAUUUUCUCCUAAUAAUAGUGAACAGUUCUAAACCGUGAAAGUUUUAGAUAUUUUCAUUAACAGGUAGAUUAAUUCUUAAUUAAAAAACAAAUAAGAAAAAGAAAAACUUACAUACUCAUAGUCUUAAUUAAAAUAACAAUUUUUAUAUUGUAUAAUUAUUUUUACUAAAAAAGGGCAUAGACAGUUAUUGGUUGUGCCUUUAUUUAUUGUAAGGUCAAUUUAAAAGUGAACAUUACUGUACUAAUACAUGUACAAUAUCUCAUUUACUAACUAUUUGUACAGAUAAAAAACUAACCUUUUGUCCAGAUAAGAAAUUUAAUGGAGGCUGAUUCGGCCCUGUUGUAUUUUGCAUCAGGGGGCACCGGGCGAAAACAUGAAAAUACAACAAACGAACCACUUUCUGGUACAAAAUUGAUACAUCUUAAUCUGAGCAUCAUAUUUAUGAUAUAAAACCAUAAAAAAAUGUGUUACAGGAUCUUUAAGAUUUAUCAAUUUUGUAACUUCCAAAAAGCUUUAUUUAUAAAAAAUAUUACCGAAUUUUACAUUUCAUGUAAAUAAAGGGAGGUAAUACAAAGUUUAUUUUCUAUAAAAUCUAAGUCAAAUGUUUCAAUAAGAAAUGAAUACAUAUAAAUUAUGUUAAUGAUUACAUAUAAUAUGUACAAAUAUUUGCAGUACAUAUUUUUUGCUGUUUGAAAAUUGUUAAAUUGGUGUUGCCCUUGUCAGGGCUAACCUUUCAUGUUGUCACAGUUUACUGUACAUUUUGGUUUUCAUUGACCGCCGUACAGUGACCUACUUUCGGCUCAAAAUUCAUAUUUUUGGCUAUUACUCCGUGAAAAUCGCAUGGAGGUAAAUUAUCACCACUUUGUGCUUCAAAAUUAACUCAAUAAGGGCAUGACUGGUAACAUGUCCGGGGUCCGUACUCGACAGCGAAAGCUGCAUUUUGUACCCUUGCGGGCGGAUGGACCCUCAUUAAGCAUUAACUAAAUACGGACUCGGCCCGGUGAAUUUUCGUACUAUUUGUUCUAUAGUAAAUCAGUCACAUUUGAGGCUUAAUUCUGGAUUCCACUGUUCUUGAUGAAUUAUAUACUGUCUUCAACUUUAAACAUUAACACUAUCUAAGUCCAAUGAGGCCCAAAAUAUAAUAGGUUAGCCAUCUACUUUUUUCAGAAAUCUUCAUUCUGUUGUAACACUGUUUAAAUUCACCACUUUAAAAACUCUUGACAGCUGGUGGGUAGUACAUCUUUAAUCCUUCCGCCAACAAAUGAGUUCCUGGCGAAUACACAAAAAACAACUUUUAAAGUUAUCAUAUAACACACAAAAACUACACACAUGCAAUAAAUACACUUUAAUUAUGACCAAUCUAACUAGAGAUGACUAAAAUUGGGCCACUUCAAAAUUUUAAAGAACUACUUUCUAGACUGCAACGGGUUGGGUCUAAUUCCGUACCGGGUUGUGAACACUUGCUAAAUUCUUAUGAAUGAUCAAGUUCAAGCAAACCAAACUCUGGAACACAAUUUAACAUUUGCAAUGAAAAACAUAAGUUUAUACCAUAAAUGUAACAUACAGUCUCCUACCAUAUGAAAAACAUAUGUUAUUCAUGUGUACUCAUAUGAAAAACAUGAAAAACAUGUGUCUGCACCUUAUGUAAAACAUACGGGGUACUUUUCUGGAGAAACGAUAUGUUUCUACCAUAUGUAAAACAUGUGUGUCACAUACGUUUAACAUGUGGAACAUAUUUACCUGUGUAUGCAUAGCUUUAAUUUUCUUCCUUUCAUUUUUACAAAAUGUUAUUCUAUUAACAAUUUAAAUACAAACAAAUAGAAAAUAAUAAUUAGUUUCACAUAGUGAUUAGCAGAUUCCUGUAGCAGAAUACCUGUAGGUAUGUACUAACUGAACAAACUAAAUGGUGUAUAAAGCCAGUCAAAAAAAAAUCUAUCAAUAUUCACUCCUCAGGGCCUCUAUGCUUUUGAUGAACUUUAAUUUCUCAUUAUUCUAUUUAUCGACAGAAAUAUAAUAAAAAAACCAUUUCAUAGCUUGUAAAGCACACUGUCAAUAACCAUACUAUUUAUAAAUAUACAAAGAAAAUAGAAUGUAAUAGCUCAGAUUGACAAAAAAGAACAAACAAUUUAGUAAACAUGAGUUACUUCCCCUUAAAAUAGAGAAAACCUAAAACCCGAAAGAACUCCCUAAACAGCAAAAUUAUAAAAUGUUGCAGGCUCAGUUUUAUUUAGCCAUGGAAGGUAAUGGUAAAAAAUAUUCAUAAAAAGGCCACGUGACAGCAGUAAAAUUACAUUGCAGAAAACCGGAUAGCUUUCAACAUCCGGAUACUGGUACACUUGUAAAAACAUCCGGAUACUGGUACACAUUGUAAAACAAUCAUUCUGUGCAAUAGAUAAACAUAAUAUGGAUAAAAUCAAUAGGAUAAUCGUAAAAAGAUUUUUGGUUAGAUGUACGCAGUGCUAGUAUAUGUUUAAAUUGGUCAACCCUUUUGCCAAAUAUUUUAUACCAUUGUAUUGAAGCUGUCUUUACAUGUUUGUAUUUGUUGUUUGUUUGUUUAUUUGUGCUUUUUGGGGUUGUGUUUUCUU